CAAGCGAAAAGGGAUGGCUACGCAUCAAAUGGCUUGUGGUGAGGAUUGCUUGGAAGAAACAAGAAAUUCUAGAAACGCAUGCGGUUCGUCGAAUAUAUGGAAGUGGGAAGACGUUGAAGAUAAAAUGCUAUGCAUCAGGAAACGAUAUAAUGGAUAGUUUAUUAUCUGAAUCAAAACUCGAGGAAUAG